CUCAGCCAUGGUCCAGUCAAGACUGUGGGAUCAAGGGCGAGUCAGCACUGGCUAGCAAGACCUGGCUACACUGCCAAGUAGAAAAGCCCACGGCUUGUGCUUUUCUCUGGCCCAGCCAGCCCUAGGAGAAUACAGAGCACCUGCUGAACCCUGGCUGGCUCACAGUGCCCCACCCCUGGGGAGUGGUACAGCCCAAGGGGGACGGCACGGGAACGUCUCACAGGUUCCAGCUCUCUCUCUUUUAUUUUUUUCUUUCUGCUUCCAUGAUUUCGCGACCCCCUCUAGCACCAAGAGAAAACAUCUGGAAAUGUUGCUGGGGGUUGUGAAAUCAUGGAAGCAGAAAGAAAAAAAUAAAAGAGGGAGAGAGGCCGGGUGCCAGACACAGCAGGAGCAUCUUUGUCUGGAUGAGUUGGACUCAUCUCUAGAAACAGAGUUCCAGCCACAAACCUGAGUGGUUUCCAGCAGGAAGGGCAGAGCGAGACAGCCGGAGGAAUGAAGAGAGACGGCUGGCCAGAGGCGGAGGAUCCUGGCGCCCAGCUCUUAAAAAUGGUCAAGAAUUCCUGCCUCUCUGAAAGUCAGGCCUCGGGUAGUUCAGCUUAGUGGAUGCCGACUCACACCAAAACCAAACCCAGAGCCGCCAGCAAGGAUUAGAAACAGCUCUGCUGAUCUUACUCAACUUCGAGCACUGGAUUCAAGAGGGGACCUCCUAAUGUGCUCCCGAAAACCUGUAGCCAAAUCCCAGACCUCCUGGAGCCAACAGGGAAUGGAGCAAGCCAUCACUGAAUAUACUGACGGGGGUGAGCUUUGGAGACGUUGGCCACGCCGAACUGUGUCUGCGGAACCUAUUUGCCAACACACAGUAGUUAGGCAAAAUCAAAGGCCACAAAUGUCAGAGGAGAAAGUGCCAAGUUGUUGAAGAACCUCCUUCUAUCCCUAAGUGCCAAGAGAAGGUGACGCCAAGACUCCUCCCACCCCAGCCUCCUCUGGCUUGAAAGACUCACUUUUUGGGUAAUCCCCUGUGACAUCAUGGGAACAGAGGUGGUUUCAUUUAAGACCAGCGUAAGUCCAGAGAGCUGCCCAGUACAGAAACCUUCCAAGGUAGCUGUCGCCAUCAAAUCUCAGCCGAAGCUGUGAGCUUCUUCGUUUUCUGUCUGGGUCACUGUGGAUGGCGUCCCAGGCCUUGUUGGAGCUGCAGCCCUCUAACCAAAGCCAGCAGACCCCUCCCAACAUCACCUCCUGCGAGGGUGCUCCAGAAGCCUGGGGCCUCCUGUAUAGGGUGCUACCAGGGUUUGUCAUCACCAUCUGUUUCUUUGGCCUCCUGGGGAACCUCUUAGUCCUGUCCUUCUUUCUCCUGCCUCGGCGGCGGCGGAGGCAACACCGCUUAACCAUAGCAGAAAUCUACCUGGCUAACCUGGCAGCUUCUGACCUGGUGUUCGUCCUGGGCCUGCCCUUCUGGGCAGAGAACAUUGAGAACCAUUUCAACUGGCCCUUUGGCACUGACCUCUGCCGGGUGGUCAGCGGGAUCAUCAAGGCCAAUCUGUUCAUCAGCAUCUUCCUGGUGGUGGCCAUCAGUCAGGACCGCUACAGGUUGCUGGUUUACCCCAUGACCAGCCGGGGAUGCCGGCGGCGGCGGCAAGCCAGGGCCACCUGCCUGCUCAUCUGGGUGGCAGGGGCCCUCCUGAGCAUCCCCACCUUCCUUCUGCGGUCUGUCAAAGUCGUCCCCGACCUGAACAUCUCUGCCUGCAUCCUGCUUUUCCCCCACGAGGCUUGGCAUUUUGCAAGGAUGGUGGAGCUGAACAUUCUGGGUUUCUUCCUCCCAUUGGCCGCCAUCAUCUUCUUCAACUAUCACAUCCUGGCCUCCCUGAGAGGGCAGAAGGAGGCCAGCAGGACCCGGUGUGGGGGUCCCAAGGGCAGCAAGACGACAGGGCUGAUCCUCACCCUGGUGGCCUCCUUCCUGGUCUGCUGGGCCCCCUACCACUUCUUUGCCUUCCUGGAUUUCCUGGUCCAGGUGAAAGCAAUCCAGAGCUGUGCCUGGAAGGAAUUCACGGACCUGGGCCUGCAGCUGGCCAACUUCUUCGCUUUCAUCAACAGCUGCCUGAACCCACUGAUUUACGUCUUUGUGGGCCGGCUUUUAAAGAGCAGGGUCUGGGAACAUUAUAAAUGAUGCACUCCCAGAAGUCUCAUGCUCGUAUCCCACAAUGGGAAAGAACUCAUCCGACGGUUCUGACAGAAUUAAAACAGCAGCAAGACAAGAAGCCUGGCUUCUUGACCAACCGUCUGAUACCGUAAAGGCCAUCUGGUUGGCUGACCCACGGCCCACAAGGAUGCCCGGAGAAAUGCUGCUAAUAGGGUAGCAGGGACCUUGCAGUUGUAAUGAAGCUAAGGAUCUGGAGAUUAAGCUGAUCCUGAAGUAGUUGGGGCAGGGGGAGCAAAAUGAUCACAGGGGUCCUUUGAAGCAGGGACUUAGGAGGGCUGGAACCUGUGAAGACUGAAGCAGAGGUCAGAGUGACGAGGAAGGGGCCACAAGCAGAGGACUGCAGGCCCCCUUAGAGGCUGGAGAAGAAAGAGCACAGACAGACGUCUUCUCUGCAACCUCCAGAAAGAACCAGCCCAGCCAACAUGCUGGCUUUAGCCCUGUCCCCCACGACUGUGAAAGAAGAAAACUGUGAGAGAAUAAAGUUGUGUUCUCAUUUGCA